GGUGGUGGUUUUUGGGGUGGGGAAGGGGAGGGGGGGGGACGCAAAGGUUCUGAUCAGCUGGACCGGAACAGCGUCCGGGCAACAUGCUGCACUGUGCCGACUGUGAGAAGCCCAUUCUGGACAGGUUCCUGCUCAAAGUUUUGGACAGACCCUGGCACAUCAAGUGUGUCCAGUGCUGCGAGUGCAAAUGCAGCCUGACGGAGAAGUGCUUCUCCAGGGACGGGAGACUCUAUUGUAAGAACGACUUCUUCAGGAGAUUUGGCACCAAGUGUGGAGGCUGCUCGCAGGGGAUUUUGCCCAGCGACCUUGUCCGCAGGGCCAAGAGCAAAGUGUUCCACCUGAACUGCUUCACCUGCAUGAUGUGUAACAAGCAGCUGUCCACCGGAGAGGAGCUCUACAUCCUGGACGAGUUCAAGUUCGUCUGCAAGGAGGACUACCAGAACAACAACGGGAAGGACACCAUCCUCCUCUCAGUGACGACGUGCAGCGAUCCGAGCCUCUCGCCGGACUCGCAGGACCCGCAGGACGACGGCAAGGACUCGGAGGGCGGACCCGCGUCCGACAAGGAGGCGUGCGGCAACGACAACGACGAGCAGAGCGCCGUGGGCAAGCGCCGCGGGCCCCGGACCACCAUCAAGGCCAAGCAGCUGGAGACGCUGAAGGCUGCGUUCGCGGCCACGCCGAAGCCCACCAGACACAUCCGGGAGCAGCUGUCCCGGGAGACCGGCCUCAACAUGAGGGUGAUCCAGGUUUGGUUCCAAAACCGGAGGUCCAAAGAGCGACGCAUGAAGCAGCUGAGCGCGCUGAGCGCACGGAGACACGUGUUUUUCCGGAGUCCGAGGAGGAUGAGAGCUCUGGGAGAGAGACUGGAGCCAGGAGAGCUUGGUCAUUUCUCUUACUACGGAGAUUAUCCGGCUGAAUACUACGGCCCAGGGGGGAAUUACGAGUACUUCCAGGGCCCGCCCUCGUCCCAGGCUCAGACCCCCGCGGACCUGUGCUUUGUGCCCUCCACGGUCCCCGCCGGCACCCCGUUAGGAGCCAUGGAGCACCACCACCACCAGCAGCAGCAGCAGCACCACCAUCAACACGCAGGGGUGGGGCAGCACCACUGCGGCGCCGACGUGCCGUGCUUCUCGGACGGCGCGUCGCACCACCCCGCGGACUCGCCCAGCCCGGAGCCCAGCGGGCCCGGCUCUAUUCACAGCAUCUCCAGCGAGAUGUGCGGCCCCGGCACGCCGUUCACCGCCGUGUCUCUCAGCGACAACGGCUACACCAACCAGCUGUCACAGCCCUCCUCGGAACUAAGCGAAGGCACUACCUGGUAAUCCAGCCACUACAAAGAAAAGCACACUUUAUUUAUUUAUUUAUUUAUUUAUUUAUUUAUUUAUUUAUUUAUUUAUUUAUC